AUGACCACCCGCAAGAGAAAGGCGGAAGCCGAGGAGGAGCUCCAGGCUCUUCCUAGUGACGAGAGCGAGGAAGAAGAAGAAUACGAGGACUCGGAACCUGAUCGCUCGGACGUGAGCGACGAAGGCGAAGAGGGUGAAGAGGGCGAAGAGGGCGAAAGUGAGGACGAAGAAGAAGAAGAGGAAGCAGGAGAAGACGAAGGUCCCCCCGCCCAGAAGAAGCAAAAGACCGACAAAACCACCAAUGGCAAACAGGCACCCGAGGUGGUCGAUGAUGACGAAGACGACGGGGCGGAAGAAGGCGCCGAAGAGCAGGGAGAUGAAGACGAAGAGCCUGCCGAGGAGGAGCCUGCCGAGGAGGACGUUGAAGAUGAAAAUGAAACCGCCAAGUCAAGCGGUCCUGCUGCUGCUGCCAAGAAGGCCAAGGGUGGUACUGUGCCCAAGGAGGCUGAUCUUUCUGAGGUUGAUGCCGCUGAAUAA